CCGACUUGCCCUCUCUCUCUCACGCUUCGGGCUCUUUUCUCUCUCUCCAUUAGAAAGAGGGUUAGAGGCCUCGCCGAGGCGUUCCCGACCCUCGAGGUUGCGUCCCUUCCUCGUUUACCCUCCUCGCUCGCGCGCCCCAGCGGUCGAUCUGUAGGUCAGAUAUCUCCUACUUAUUUAGGAUUAUCGGUUGGAUUGGAUCCGAAUUGGUGAAAACCCUAGGUUUUGGUCGGUAUUAGUUUAGUGAUUUCCUUCAUUUCUCUUAUUUUUUUGUUGGAUUUCAGAUUCUUUUAGAUUAUGUAGGGCUUGUUGGAUCAAUUCUUCUUUGUUGGUUUUGUUGAUUUUUCUCUUUUUUUUACGGUCUCUAUAUCUCUUCGGAUUCGAGAUUCCGGAACAAGAGGCUCGGUGAGAUUUUUGGUUGCUAAUUUUUUGUCUGCCAUCGAAAAUUGAGAGUUUUCUUGGGGGAUUUAGGGUUUUCAAUUUUGAUUGCUUCCAUUUAUAAAAAAAGGGUUAGUUUUAUAUUAGAAAGCAAAAAAAAAAAAGAAGAGAGAGAGAAAUUUAGGAAGAGGGGAUAUUGGUGGUAAUUGCAUAGAUUUGAUAAACCUAGGGAUUGCUCUUGUUUUUUGGGUUUUUGUUGGGUGAAUUUGGGGUUGCUUGCGGCGGGGAAUGGCACUAAAUUCUGCACCCAACUCCUCCUUCACGAUCCCAACCAAUUCCGAGGAUAAUCAUUGGCUAGACCGCUGGAUCAAUAAUAUUUAUGGUUAUGGAAGGAGUAAUGGAUGGUCUGAUGAUGAUGAUGAUGAUGAUUCGUAUGAUCCGAUCGACCUGUUGCCGGCCGAUCCUUUUGGGAUGGACAGCGAUACCUUUUCUGCUGUGCUUGCUGGAAUGUUUGAAGAUUGCGAGCUGGGCGAUCAAGAAUUGUUCGUGGGCUGGGAUUAUGUUUGGAAUAGUUCUUCAGGGGAUUCUUCAGGAUCCCAGUUGAAUUCUGAUGAUGAAUUUGAUGGUUGGGAAGAGGUGAGCUUCUCUGAGUUUUGCGAGAAUGAAUCCCCUGAGGAGGAAUUCAUGUCCAACUUAGAUGUUGCGGAGGCUUUCAACUCUAGCAGGGUUGAACUAUCUGACUUCAAUGGAGAGGAGGGGUCUCCUCACCAGGGUUUGCUUUUUGCUCUUGGUUACUUGGGGGUCCAGGACCUCCUUUCUGCUGAGAUGGUCUGCAGGUCUCUUCGUUUUGCUGUGCAAGAUGACCCACUACUAUGGAGAUGCAUCCACAUUGAUUCACAGCUGAGCGAGAGGAUCACUGAUGUCACUCUACUGCAAUUGACACAGAGAGCUCAGGGAAAUUUGCAUUGCUUGAGCCUGGUAGGGUGCUCGAGGGUCACAGACGAUGGACUGAGAUGCGUGCUUGAAAGCAACCCAAGGCUCACUAAGCUUAGCAUUCCUGGAUGUCUGAAGCUUAAUGUUGAGGCCCUCAUCAACAACCUGAAGGCUUUGAAGUUGUCAGGUGUAUUGGGUUUAAAGCACCUAGAACUUGGCAGGCUUUUUAAAAUAACAAACAAACACUAUGAAGAGCUGAGGACAUUAUUAGGUGCAGACCAACUCCACCAUUCUGAAGUCUGCAAGCCACGGUAUUACCAUAGUGGACAUUCCUUUUUGUCUUGUGAUGAUGGGCGGGCUAUAGAUAUUGAAAUCUGUCCCAUGUGUCAGAAGUUAAAGCUUGUUUAUGAUUGCCCCUCACAAAGCUGCCAAGAAAAGGGGCCUGAGCAGUGUAGGGCUUGUGAUGCUUGCAUUUUUAGGUGCGUGCAUUGUGGGAGUUGCAUCAAGAACAACAAGUAUGUGGAGACGUUUUGUCUUGAACAUCUUUGUUUAGCUUGUUGGAAGCAACCAAUCUAGUGUCGAGAGAAUGGGAAGGGAAUGGCCUAUUGAGACUCCAUGCCCUCUGUAAGUCAUUUGACGUGCUGGCUGAUCUCUUAUUGAAGGAUUGUGCGCUAGCUUUGUAGGGCUAGCAUGUCAUUGUGGGGGUAAGAAAUUGCAGUUGGCUUCAAAAGCUACGUUUGUAAAUGAGCCUACCUCUUUAUCCCACUUAAUCAAGGCUUUCUAUUUUUUGUUAAAAAAAUGAAAAAGAAAAACGGAGUUGUGAGAAUUUAUAAGAGAGUUGAAUGCUCUGAAAAGACAAGAAAAAAAAAAGAGGAGGAAAAAAGGAAGGGAAGCUGAAUCUGAGCCUGAUUGUGGAUAUUUAGCUUUGGACUUAAAAUUGCAUGCUGGUAUAUGACUGAAAAUGGAAAGUGGACCUCACCGGCUGGAUUUGGAGUUGGUCAUGUGGCCAUGGAUUGGUAGGUUGUCACUCCAUUCUCAUUUCCUUGUGGUGGUACGUUGUUGCCAGAGUUGAUAAAUUAUCUUAGUUGUUGAAAACUUUAUAAAUAAAUCUAAAUGUAAAAUUCUCGAUGCAAACAUCUGUCUAUGCAAAGUUUCAGUGUCAUCAUACUAUGCAAAGAUAAUUUGAGACUUGUUGAUUUAUCUUUA